AUGAGCCUUGAUAAGAUGCACGAUGAGAAAUUCGAGAAUGGGAGUGGGAGUGAGCGGUUGGAGGCGGGGUUUGGUGAGGAUGGGAAAGCAGCGAAGACACUGUUGUUUAAGAUGGAUAUCCGCAUCCUACCCGUUCUCGCUCUCCUCUUCCUGUGCUCCUUCAUCGACCGUACGAAUGUCGGCAAUGCGAAGAUCUUGGGUCUUGAGAAGGACAUCAACAUCAACGAUCACCAAUACUCGAUCGGCCUAUGCGUCUUCUACGCUACGUAUAUCGCCAGUGAGCUCCCGUCGAACCUGGUGCUGAAGAAGAUGUCGCCAAAGAUCUGGCUGCCGCUCUUGACGGCGGUGUGGGGGAUCUUGACAAUGUGCCUUGGUUUCGUCACCAACUUCGCGUCAUUCGUUACUGUUCGCGCAUUGCUUGGUUGUGCUGAGGGUGGAUUGUUGCCGGGCAUGGUACUCUACCUUACUGGCUUCUACCGCAGACAAGAGUUGGCUUUGCGCAUCGGUAUCUUCUAUACAGCAGCGUCCCUAUCGGGUGCUUUUGGUGGUCUGCUGGCGCGCGGACUCAAUGCGAUUGGACCUGCUGGAGGUCUUGAAGGUUGGCGGUGGAUCUUCAUUGUGGAAGGCCUUUUGACCGUACUCGUUGGCGUAUGCUCCGCGCUCUUCCUACCCAACUCCAUCGAAUCAGCCAAAUUCCUCACUCCCGACGAGAAAGAGCACGCUCGAUUCCGGCUCGGCGAGCAAAGCGCAUCCCACGAGCGCUUCGACUGGGCAGAAGUCAAGCGCGGAGUAUUCAACGUCCAAGUCUGGCUCACUGCAUUGGCCUACUUCGCCAUCUUGAGCGGACUAUACAGCUUCGGUCUCUUCCUCCCCACCAUCAUCAACAACGGCUUCGCCAAGGACCCCAACGAGGCACAGCUCUGGACCGUAAUUCCGUACGCCGUGGCAUCAGUUUUUACAGUAGCAGUCGCUCUCCUAUCCGAUCGUCUUGCUCUACGUGGUCCCAUCAUGCUAUGUACCCUACCUGUUGCCAUAAUCGGCUACGGCGUCAUCAGCCAAUCCACCAACCCCAAGGUCCAAUACGGCAUGACUUUCCUCAUGGCAACCGGCAUGUACGCAACUGUACCGUGCAUCCUCUCUUGGAACAGCAACAACUCUGCUGGCCACUACAAGCGCGCGACUACUUCUGCCUUGCAGCUCGCUAUUGCGAAUGCAGGUGGUUUUGUGGCCAGCUUCGUGUAUCCAAAGAGCGAAAAGGAGAAUCAUUUCCACAAGAGUCAUAGCAUCAUGUUGGGACUGCUUUGCGCGGCUUGGGUUCUGAUUGCUGCGAAUGUUUUGUGGGUGCGGAAGAUCAAUAAGGAUAAGGCGAGUGGGAAGUAUGCUGAGUUUGAGGGUAGAGGUGACGACCGUGACCCGGACUUCAUCAUGGUUAUGUAG